UAACAGCAAAAUACAUCAACAGGAAUGCGAUGAGCAGAGACAGAGUAGUUAAACCCUUUCUUGUAUGAAAAGGAACUUUUUUCUUUUUAUCCAUAGCCCGCCAUCUCGUUUAUUUCGUUUAUUCCCUUUUUAUUAAGCCCGCCUUCCACGUUUUAUUUAGAUUUUUAUUCAUCACCAACUCUUGUCUUCUUCCGAGAUAUCCAUUCAUUCAUAUAGGCUGUCUUUGGUUGUCUCAAUAUGUUUAAAGCUUCAAAUCUGGAAGUGAUUAUUUUCGGUGGCAAUGGAUUGGGGGAAAAUGCGGUUGGUUUUGUUGAUUUCGGCAGAGUUGAUAUGUUGUGUGAUGGGCCAUUUUGUGUUUGAAGUUCAACACAAGUAUGGCGGAGAGGGAGAGGCGGUCUUGGGAGCUAUGAGAGUUCACGACUUGCAGCGCCAUGGCAGGAACCUUGCUGCCAUUGAUUUUCAGCUAGGCGGUCACUAUUCCCCCGCUUUACAUUCGCUGUAUUUCACCAAUAUCACUAUCGGGACUCCUCCAGUCGACUACCAUGUCCAGGUAGAUACAGGAAGCGAUACAUUAUGGGUGAAUUGUCACGACUGUGAAACUUGUCCCACGAAAAGUGAACACGGUAUAGAAUUCAAGCGGUAUGACUUGGCUACCUCUUCGACUGGGAAGAAUAUCACCUGUGAUGAGGAGUUUUGUCGUGCUGCAUCGAGCAGCCCGAAUACAAAUUGCCAAGCUGGAAGGCAAUGCGAAUAUUCUGUUAGUUAUGCAGAUGGGAGCAGAACUGGGGGAUACUUCGUCAGAGAUAAUCUUAGAUUCAACCAAGUCACUGGAAACCUUCAAACCUCAGCAAUGAAUGGAUCCAUAGCUUUUGGGUGCUCAAUGUCUGAAGACCCUUCGAAAUCUGUUGAUGGAAUAGUUGGUUUUGGACGAGGAAACGAAUCCAUUCUUUCACAACUUGCUUCAUCUGGAAAGGCGAGAAAGGUCUUUUCACAUUGCUUAGAUGGAAACCGGGGAGGUGGGAUUUUCGCUAUUGGAGAAGUAGUGGAUCCGAAAGUCAAUACAACGCCGCUGGUCCCAAAUGUGCCACAUUACAAUUUGAAUCUGAAGUCAGUUGAGGUAGGUGGCCAGUUCUUAAACCUUUCGACAGACUUGUCACGUAGAGGGACUAUAAUUGACAGUGGCGCAUCAUUGGCCUAUCUUCCAUCCGAGGUUUAUCGACAGCUUUUGGACAAGAUGAUGUCGCAACAUCCAGAUCUGCAGACUCGUCCAGAGCAAGGGUUCACAUGUUUUGAGUACAAUGGAACUCUUGAUGAUGACUUCCCAAUCGUAAAUUUUCAUUUUGAGGGCUCUCUCGUUUUGCCAGUUCAUCCCCGUAGCUAUCUCUUUCACUUCCAUGAUAAUGUAUAUUGUAUAGGUUGGCAAAAUAGUAGCAUGCUGUCAAUUGAUGAAAGGGAGAUAACUCUGUUGGGAGACAUAGUAUUAUCAGACAAGCUUGUUGUGUAUGACUUGGAAAAUCAGACAAUUGGAUGGACAGAAUAUAACUGUUCAUCAAGCAUGAGAGUGAGAGAUGAAGCAACAGGAAAUGUUUAUGGUGUUGCCUCACAUCUUAUAUCUGCUGCUACUCAAACUCUCUUCAAACCAAGUUUUGUAACACAACUUUUGCUUGUAGUUAUAGCUGCCCUCAUACAAUGAGACCAGGCAUGCAAAACUACGUCGUUUUGAUCACAUUAGGUCUUUUUUUUUUUAUAAUACUGUCAUAGUAUCAAGAUAUUUUUCUAGAAAAAUAAAAAUACAUGUCAUUUCAUAGGUUGUAUAUUGAGAAUAUUACUUUUCUAUAUUCCUUUUAUGAGAUGUGUGAGGUUUUAUUUUACA